AUGGCCGGCGGCAGCAAGCAGAAGGAGCCUUUCUGGCUUGGAGGUGCUGCAGCCUCUAUGGCAGUCUGCUUCACACAUCCUUUGGAUCAAACAAAGUACCGAAUGCAGCUCCUCAAGUCAAGGGAGUCAAUGUUUCGAGCAAUGUACCGUUUCGCUGCUAGGGAUGGGUUCUUUUCCCUGUGGUCUGGGCUGUCAGCAUCCAUCUUUCGACAAACCACGUAUUCGACCGCGCGGUUCGGACUAUACAAUUACUUUGCGCAACAAGCGAAACAAUGGACGGGUCAAGAGAAGUUGACAACAGCAAUGACGAUAUCUUGUGCCGGGCUGGCUGGAGGCAUGGCAGGGCUAGUUGGAAAUCCUGCUGAGGUUGUCCUCGUCCGCAUGUGCGCCGAUGGAGCCAAGAAUGUCGGCGAACGAUUCGCUUACUCUAAUGCUGUCGAAGGGCUAUACAGGAUAGGUCGCGAAGAGGGUGUGGGAGCAUUCACGCGAGGCAUAUCUGCCAAUGUGGUGCGCAGUAUACUCAUGAAUGUGGGACAAAUCGCCACAUACUCAACAGCAAAACGCAUCCUUCUGCAAAAGACUGAAAUGAAGGAUGAUAUCAAAACACAUGCCGUGGCAUCCCUCUUUGCUGGGACUGCGGCGACAACGAUUUGCGCGCCAGCUGAUGUCCUGAAGAGCAGAAUUCAAAGUGCUGCUGCGAGCGGCCCAGGGGCAAACUCUUUGCUUCGUAUUGUGCAGACGGGUCUGAGGGAAGAAGGUGCAAUUUUCUUGAUGAAGGGAUGGACCCCGGCGUGGUUGAGAUUGACGCCGAAUACUGUCCUGACUUUCGUGUUCAUGGAACAGCUGCGGAAACUGACGCAAUGGCAGUUCGCCGCCCCGGUCGAAACCAUGAAGGCAUAA